AGAAAACGAAAGUUUCCAAGAAAAAGAAAGUUAAACUGUGAAGCAGGAACCAGAACAUCAGUAACUCUGAUCUGACAAAGAUGGAACCAGAAAAGCGUCACGAUCCUCGGGACAGUACCCUGACAUUUGUUGACCGAGCGGAUGAGAUCACCCUUGAUGAUGAUCCCAACACCCAGAGGAUAGAAAUGUCUUGUGGCCACGCUGUCACACCUGAAUCCCUCACAGCCUACUGUCGAAGUCUUCUGGAUCAGGCCGUGUACACGUUUGUGUGUCCAGCUAUAACAGAUGACAACAAUAAAAAGUGUGGGGCCGAGUGGAAGUACAUGGAAGUGCGGAGAAUUGCUUUACUGACUGAAGAAGAGCAGAGCCACUUUGAGGAGACAAUGGCUGAACUGGCAGCAGCUAAGUACUGUGAAUACAACCAAUGCCCCAGUUGCAGUUCAUAUGUUGAGAGGCAGGAUUUGACCAACCUGUGUGUACUCUGCACCAUCUGUUCAGCAGAUAGUGGUAAGAGGUUUGAGUUCUGCUGGCAGUGUCUGAAUACCUGGAAAGGACCAGCACCUCGCUCCGACAAAUGUGACAACAGCGGCUGCAUUAACGACAAACUUGAGAAACUGGUUAAAUGUGAAGAUAUAAUCCUUCCUCAGGUUCAAAACCUAAAAUGCCCCUCAUUGCGAGCUUGUCCUACAUGUGGAAACCUGGUUGAGCAUGACACAUCAGGGUGUAAGAAUAUCAUAUGCAAUAUCUGCCAUGUUGAAUUCUGCUUUUCUUGCUUAAAGCUCACGGUUGAUUGCCUAAAAACAAGCUCAUACUUUGUAGUUUGCUCAAAUGGUGUAGCGCCUCGGCAAACAUCCAUUCCAACCUGGAUAAAGUAGGUACCUGAAAUCUUGCCAUAUUAUAAACACCAAAGGCACAGCUUUCAGCCUCAUUAAAAGUUUUCAUGGCCAUAACUUAGUAUAAGUGUUUCAGUGGAAUAAUACAGCAUAUGAUUAAAACUAAAGCACAGCUGUCUUGGCAAUUAUCCUCAAGUUAUAUUGAAAAGCAUAUUGUGUUUGUCUUUAUUGUUUAUUAGAUUCAUAACAGCAUAUGUUUUUUUCGUUCAAUGUUGGUAGAAAUAAUAUUUGAUCAUAUAAAGCAUGUAAUAAAUGGAAAAUUGUAGCUUUGAUGCUUAAAUACAAUAGAUACAAAUAGUGAAAACC